AUGCCGAAGAAGAGCAAGAAGUCAAAGUCGAAGCGUACAACGCUCAAACAGAAGUACAAGGUCAUAAAGAAGGUCAAGGAGCACCACAAGAAAAAGGCAAAGCUUCUCAAGAAGUCAGGCAGGAAAGAGAAGGCGCCGAAAGAUCCAGGCAUCCCAUCGCAAUGGCCCUUCAAGCAGGAGCUUGUAAAGGAAAUCGAAUGGGAAAAGCAACGAGCCCUGGAUGAAAAGAAGCGCAAGAAGGAGGAACGCAGACUUCUCCAAGCGAAGAAGAGCACUUAUAGAGUUCUGACAAUAAAAUCUGCCAUUUUCUGCAUCCUUGGAGUCGCAGAUGUUACAACAGAAACAAUGCAAGCUAAGGGGUCGAGGAGGGCCUUCUACAAGGAGUUUGUGAAGGUGGUGGAAGCUGCGGACGUGGUGAUUGAGGUCUUGGACGCGCGUGACCCCCUCAGCAGCCGCUGCCCUGACGUGGAGCGUUUCGUGCGCCAGGCUGGCGCUUCAAAGAAGCUCAUCCUGCUGCUCAAUAAGAUCGAUUUGGUGCCGAGGGAGGUGGCAGAGUCCUGGCUGAAGUAUCUGAGGGAGGAGCUGCCCACGGUCGCGUUCAAGUGCUCCACGCAGCGGCAGGCAUCCAAUCUCGGGCAGCGGCGGCUGCCGGCCGCGGCGUCGGCCGACGGCGGCUUUUCCGGCAGCGAGUGCCUCGGCGCAGAGUCUCUGCUGCAGCUGCUGAAGAACUACGCGCGCGCCUCGGACAUCAAAACUGCCAUCUCCGUUGGUGUGGUAGGCCUGCCGAACGUGGGUAAGAGCUCGCUCAUCAACAGUCUGAAGCGCGCACGCGUGGCGCAGACCGGCAACACACCCGGCGUCACAAAAUCUGUGCAGCAGGUCCACCUGGACAAGACGGUGACGCUACUGGACAGUCCUGGAAUUGUGUUCUCUUCCGGCGGAGGGGACGCCGCCGCUGCCCUGCGCAACUGCCUCAAGGUGGAGCAGCUGGAGGACCCAGUGGCGGCCGCGUCGGAGGUCGUGCGCCGAUGCGAGGCCUGGCAGCUCAUGGCGCUCUACAAGGUGCCGGCCUUUGAGAGCCCUGAGGCACUCAUGCAGCAGAUUGCAAACGCGCGAGGCAAGCUGCGCAAGGGCGGCCUGCCAGACGUGGAGGCGGCCGCGCGAAUGAUGCUGCACGAUUGGAACGACGGUCGCAUCUCCUACUACACACUGCCGCCCAAACGCACAGACCACGGCCACGCAUCGGCCGCCGUUGUGGGCGGCUUCAGCACAGACUUCAAUGUAGACGAGGUGCGCCUCUGCCUCCUUCUGACACACUUGAUGCCCCUACGAUGCGGGUAUUGA